AUGCAAUCACAUCUCACGAGACGAGUGUUUCGUGCCAUUCUUAACAAUGAGCUACUAUCCUUCUCGCGCUGCCGUAAUCGGCUUCUUUAUACUGCCCGACAUCACCGGACCCGAAGGCUAGAUGUUAUCAAUCCGUACAAUGCUCAGCGACGGAGCCUUUUCGCGUUCAGCAUGGCGCCGCCAGCCAAUACACCACAACCUUCGACUCUACCAUCCGAGGCGGGUCUGAAGCCAAUGAGAGAUCUGAAGAGAGCUUUGUCGGACAAAAGUAGAGGUCCUGCACAUGGUGUGCUGGCAAAGGCGUUUCAUGACUUUUUUGUCGCACGGGCGGAGACUUGGGAAGUUAUCACAGGCUAUCAGGCACAAUUGCUUUCGAUGACAUGGAAAUAUCUGAGAUCUCAUGAAGGCGAGCUGGAACCCGAAGACUGGCAGGUUAUGUAUUCUACAGAGAAUCUGGAAAACAUGCUGUUUGUCCUAUCCGAGGCCAAAUGUCUGCCAGAGUCGCGUGAUGCUGUGCUCAAAGUGGCUCGUUUUGCUUUUCUCGAACUCUGUGCGGAUCAUGGCUAUGGGACUAAUCAUAUCAGCCGGCCUGCACUUUCUGCCUAUAUCAAUUUCCAGGCCUUGAAUGGCAACCCGGAGGAGGCCCGGCAUGUUGUGGAAAAGUUUUGGAGCAAAUUGCGCAAGACGAAACCUUCUCCUUGGCUUGCGGUGAUGAGGGGAUUUGCUAUGAAUGACGAUAAGAAUCAACUCCGGUGGACCACCAAGAAGAAACUCGAUGAGCUCGGUAUCGCUUUCGACCGCGAGUCACAUGAAGAAUUGGUCAAGGUGCUCAUCGAACAAGACUUGCUGUCCGCCGUCAAAAUUAUGUAUGAGUGUCCGAUUUCCGGGGACCAAGAGCCAACUCUCACCACAAAGGAAGCUGUGGUCAAGUAUGCGCUUCUGAAAUCCGAGGCCUCGUGGGCACAACCUAUCGUCGAGUCAGUCAAACAGGAGCCCAUUUCAGGAACUGUUGGUAUCAUUUUGCUAUGGGCGGCUGCUCAUGGCAAGGACGGUCCUGAAAUUUUUGCGAUGGUCCAAGAAUGGAUGUCGAAAAGUCCUGAGGUGAAGCAGUCGUUAGCCAUUGCGCAUGUGAACAAUCUCAUGGAAUACGCCAAUUCCAUUAAGAACUCGCAACUUUCGGCUGAGUUCUAUGCACUGGCUUCUCAGUGGAGCCUCCAACCAGAUAUACAAACACGACUUCUGCGGUUAGAAUCUGACAUCUUGUCUGGUGAUGUAAAUCAGACAUUAAAAUCUGUCGAAGAAGUACAGGAUAUCGGCUCCUUCACCCUCGAGAACUUGCCAUUAAUGAACAGACUUCUGACCAUGCUUUGCUUGUUGGGGCAAGAUGAUGCCUUAUACGACAGAGUUUCCACUUUUCUGGAUCCAUUGUUUGAGAACAAUGUCCGGUUGGAAGCAGAGACUCUCGCAGCAAUGACGCAUAUGCUGCUCUACAGACAUGACUGGCAAGCUGUUUCUGACUUGCUUCGUCCCCGUCUUGGCUCAUAUGACUCAGAAGAAAGAACGAAGAUUCGGCAAGCUCUCACUGCCUACAUCAUGGACGCUGAUCAGGAUAGCGCCGAUGCGUGGGAGGCAUACGGGUUGCUACAGGUGGCAUUCCCAGAGACAGGAGUGGGUAUGAGAACGGACAUCAUGACAUCUUUUUUCCGGCAGAAUCGAGGCGAUCUAGCCGUUCUGGUUUUCGGGCAUAUGCGCCAGGCGGAGGACUUCACACGGCGUCCCAAGCCCGAUACCUAUGCGCGGUGUUUCCAGGGCAUCGCUCAGAUGCAAGAUGCAAAGAACCUGGAGCUUGUCCACAACAUGCUCAAGCUUGAUGUCGAAGUGGACCUCAACACCCGGCUGUUGAAUGAACUGAUGAUUGCCUAUGCCGCUUGCGAUAUGCCAGAUAAGAGCAUGGAGAUAUUCCGUGGCAUUCUACAGUCUGAGGAAGGGCCGUCACAGAAGACGAUCUGGGCCUUUUUCAAGAUGUGCGAGAAGCAUCAUCAUGGAGCGCGCGAGGCAAUGCGAAUGAUGGAUAAGGUCAAACUGCUCGAGAUCGAGCUGGACCGACGGCUGUAUAUGGCGUACGUCGAAGCUCUGGCCGCGCAAUGCGAAUUCGAUCUUGCGACCGAGGCAGUGACCAAAAUGCACGAAGAGAUCGGAUGCCAUCCCACUCGCGAUUCCAAAGCUAACAUCGCAUACCGCAGGAUCGGACGGCUCUACAACUCCAUCCCAUAUCAAUUCUGGAAAGACGAAGUCGAAAAGUGGGCCAAGGUCAAUUAUUCGGAGCAGUGGGCGCAGCUCGAGCAGCUCGAGCGCACCGACCACGAAGAGGGAUUCAAGUUCGAGCUGGGGAGCAGCUGA